ACCAUGCCCUGGUGGCCAGGGCCCAGCACGUGGUGACUCUCAACUGCUGGGUGUGGGACCUCAGCGUCCAGUGCGGCAGCAUCCUCCUGGCCCAAGACUUUCCUCACAGCACAUUCUCCCUGAUGCUGAGUCGGACAGACUUGGGGCUCAUGGCCCUGACCGUGGAGCUGAAACACGUGACCCUCAUCUUCUACCCCAGCCUGCAGAUGACGAGGAGAGGACCGAGCUUCCCCUGGAGACCUGUUACUGGGACCUACAGGCUAUACAACUCCUACCUGCCGGGGGAGAGCUGUCCAGACCUCCAGCUGCCUCCUGCCAUGACAAGGAGGGAUGUCCCCAGGAUUGAGCUGGCCAGUGAGGACGGGGUGUCCGUCUCCUGUUACAUGCCCACCAACCUCUGCAGCCUGACUCUGGGCCUCCAGCACCACGGCAUAUCCGCUGGCCCUCUGGGCAUCAACAAUAAAGCAGGCAAUGAGCUGAUGUUGCUGGCUGGCUCUGUGGCCCACAGCCUAGAGGAGCUCAGCCUGGCCUGGCAGGUGGAUGGUGACUGCAGGGCCACCGAGAAGACUCAGCCGACCUGCCCAGGACAGAGCCCCACCUGCCGGGCCUUCUUCCAGGAUCCCCGUUCCAGCUUGGGGAACUGCUUCUGGGUGGUGGACCUUGAACCAUUCCUCAGCCUGUGUCUGCAGGACCCCUGUGGCACCCGGGAUCUCCAGCCUGCCUGCACUCUGGCGGCCACCUACAUCCACCUGUGUGCCCACAACUUCAGGCCCCUGGCCCCUCCUCCACAGUGCAGUAAGCUGCCCCAGCUGGCUGGCACUCUGCCCCCUGUUGGGCAUCUGCCUUCCAGCUGGAGGAAAAAUCCAUCUAUCUCUCUGGCCAGGGAGAACAAAUAAUUGUCA